GAAAAAUGUUUGGCUGACGAGAAAAAAAAUAUUAAAGCUUUGAAUGAAGGGGAAGGAAGCCAUCGCGGAACCAACCACAACCGUUAAGGAGAACGACGUCGCAUCGGCCAUUUUCUCCAACCUUGAAGCCAAAUAGCUUCUUAACGUCCAGAUCUCUUCUACGUCUUCUUCUCUGUUCACUCCUCCCCUGCGUCUCUCUCUCUGCAUGUUCCGCUGUAUUCCUAGGGUUUCGGAUCCUGAAUCUAAUUUCUAGAGAUCCAAUUCGAUACAUUAGAUCCAGCAGUGGAGUUGAUUCGGUCCUCUGAUUCAUCCAAUCUCUGAAUAUCCCUUCGUGGAUCCAGUAACAUGGCGGAUUCGGAGCCAAUCACGCCUGGCCAGGUUUCGUUUCUGCUCGGAGUCAUCCCUGUCUUCAUAGCAUGGAUAUACUCAGAGUUUCUGGAGUAUAAGAGGUCUUCAAUGCACUCUAAAGUUCAUUCAGAUAAUAAUUUGGUUGAGAUGGGUGAGGUGAAAACCAAGGAAGAGGAAGUAGCUGUUUUACUCGAAGGUGGUGGUCUUCCAAGAUCAGUCUCUACCAGGUUCUAUAACUCGCCUGUCAAAACAAACUUGAUCAGGUUUCUGACGCUGGAUGACUCUUUCUUGAUUGAUAAUCGAGCAACUUUGAGAGCCAUGGCUGAGUUCGGGGGGAUUCUGUUUUACUUUUAUAUUUGUGAUCGAACAAGCGUGCUUGGAGAGUCUAAAAAGAAUUACGACCGAGACCUUUUCCUCUUUCUCUACUGUCUGCUCAUCAUUGUGGCAGCCAUGACGUCCCUGAAGAAACACAAUGACAAAUCACCAAUAACAGGGAAAUCUAUUCUCUAUCUUAAUCGUCACCAGACUGAAGAGUGGAAGGGAUGGAUGCAGGUUUUAUUUUUGAUGUAUCAUUACUUUGCUGCAGCUGAGAUAUAUAAUGCAAUCAGGGUCUUCAUCGCUGCUUACGUCUGGAUGACUGGUUUUGGGAACUUCUCUUACUACUAUAUCAGAAAGGAUUUCUCCCUAGCACGAUUCACUCAGAUGAUGUGGCGUCUUAACUUAUUUGUGGCUUUUAGCUGCAUUAUUCUCAAUAAUGAUUACAUGCUUUACUACAUCUGUCCGAUGCACACUCUUUUCACUCUGAUGGUGUAUGGAGCCCUUGGCAUCUUCAGUCGGUAUAACGAAAUACCAUCAGUAAUGGCUGUGAAGAUUGCUUCAUGCUUUCUUGUUGUCAUUGUGAUGUGGGAGAUUCCUGGAGUUUUUGAGAUUUUCUGGAGUCCUCUAACAUUCUUACUGGGAUACACUGAUCCAGCUAAACCAGAUCUACCACUUCUACAUGAAUGGCACUUCAGAUCAGGACUUGACCGCUACAUAUGGAUCAUUGGAAUGAUAUAUGCCUAUUUCCAUCCCACGGUAGAGAGAUGGAUGGAUAAACUGGAGGAAUGUGAUGCCAAGAGAAAGAAUUCAAUCAAAACAAGCAUAAUUGCAAUUUCCUCAUUCGUCGGUUACCUGUGGUACGAAUACAUCUACAAGCUUGACAAGGUUACAUACAACAAAUAUCAUCCCUACACAUCAUGGAUUCCAAUAACUGUCUACAUCUGUCUGCGAAAUUCCACACAGAAGCUGCGAAAUUUUUCCCUUACACUAUUUGCGUGGCUUGGCAAGAUUACUCUGGAGACCUAUAUAUCUCAGUUUCACAUCUGGUUAAGAUCGAAUGUGCCUAAUGGGCAGCCUAAGUGGCUAUUAUGCAUAAUUCCAGAAUAUCCAAUGCUCAAUUUCAUGCUCACCACGGCCAUCUAUGUCUUGGUGUCUCACCGGCUUUUUGAGCUGACCAAUACGUUAAAGUCUGUUUUCAUACCCACAAAAGAUGACAAGAGGCUGCUCCACAAUGUCCUCGCUGGAGCUGCCAUUUCUUUCUGUUUAUAUUUAACUGCUCUCAUUCUUCUCCAUAUCCCACACUAACCAUGAGGGACUAUAUGUGGAAAAUAUGAAUCUCACAGAGGUUUCCAUGUCAAACUUGCUAAAUAGUUACAUCACACAGUCUUAUAUCGACAAUAAAGAUUUGUUUUCAAACAUUUUUUGAAGCUUGCCAAAUGAAGCGCCUUUGGGCUACAACUAGAACCAGAGAAGUUUCAGAAAAUGGCUAGAAGUGAAGCAUCUUGUGGCAUUCAGACAGCAUCAUCUUAGCAACUCCCUUUGUUCGUUUUCUUUCCUUUCUGUUGUAAUUUUGUCAUCAGUUUUGCCUUCUUUGUAUUGCUAUAUUGUCAGUAUACAUAACAUAUAUACCAUCUGCAAUUGCGUGAAUUGUUUUUAACGAGAAUGGAUUAUUCAGUUCAGUUUGAGUCUUCAGGUAAAACACCAACACAGUUGAGAAAAAGAGGUUCGAUUUCUGAUGAAUCAUACAAAGAUACGACAAAGGAAAUUGCACAAAUUUACAUAGGAAAGACCACAAACAAACUUCUCUUUCUCUGGCUCUCACUCACAUAACAAGCUUUAACUCGUUCACUUUCCGGGGACGAAGUUGGUGGCGAAGGCCCAUGCGUUGUUGUUGACUGGAUCAGCCAAAUGGUCGGCGAGAUUCUCCAACGGUCCCUUUCCGGUGACAAUAGCCUGG